AUGAUAGCCAAGAAUCAAAUCGAAACCCUGGCCGUAUAUGGAGUAAGCAGGGAGCUGCAGCGUUCACCAAGAAUUGUGCCUGAAUCCCUGGAGCAAUCGCUUACCGAAGAGUUCCAAAUGCCCAUUGUGACUUGGGGAUUGAGGCGGAAUAUUAGUCUACGUCACCUUUUGGGCUACAAUACUUUGGUUUAUGUCAGUAUUUCGAGUGUUCUAGCUUCGGAGGAGCCCAUUUUCGAUGUCCUUACGGACGGUUUGGCUGGCCAGCAUUAUGUUUCGAUGCUUUUCAUCUACAAACGCCUGGGGGACCAACCACCGACAACGAUUAUUAAAAUUGGUAAAUUCGUUAGCGUCCAGUGGCACAAUGAACUAAUUACCUACACUCCUUUUCCGGAACUAACGCUCCUGAAUUUGACCAAGACGGGAUACCAGCACUUGGAUAUAUUGAUGGACCUAAGGGGUUACGAGUUUAAGGUCCCUAUUUUUCAAGAUCCUCCUGUUGUUUUUCAGCUACCAAAUGGUGAAAUAUCCGGAGUCCUGGGCUACAUGCUGCACGCCUAUGUGAGGCACAGACGAGGUCGCCUCCGACUGGAACCCGUGGCCGGUGUGGACAGGUAUAACUACCCGGAGCAUCUGAUGCUGGCCGCUGCCCGCGGUGAAAUUGAGAUGGGCGUCCAUCCCUAUUCGCCGAUGCAGCUGGGCUCCUCGCAAACGGCCGGCAGCUUUCCGCUGGCAGCCACCAACACGUGUGUCCUGGUGCCAUGGAUACGUGAAUCGCCUUCGGCACGAUUCAUGCGCCAUGCGAUCCGUGUGAAUGGAUGCUUCUUUCUGAUACUCCUUCUGGUCACAACCCUGGCCUGGCAGCUGGUGCGCACCGAAGGGCGGCGGGGCAUCCAACUUACCCUGGUGGCCUUUUUCCAACAAUCGCUACCAGGCGGACAGUUCCAACGGCUGAGGGAUCCGUACAAGUUCAUCCAUGUCGCCGUGCUUCUGGCCUCCUUUGUCCUGUGGUCAUUGCGUACUGGGAAUUUAUCGUCCGUUUUUACCUCUCAGUUGCCGGGGCCACAGAUAGAGACGGCCAAGGACUUUCUGGCCACGCCCCUGCGCCUCAUGCUCACGGAAUCAGAAAUGCAAAUGUACUUUACCACAGGACUGUUACCGUCGUCGCUGAAGCCACGCCUCCUGGUGGUCAACAGGACGACGCUGCGGGAGCACUUGGAAAAUCUGAAUACCAGUUACGCCUACUGCACCACAGUGGAGCACUGGACUGUGGUCCAGCUGCAGCAGCGCCGCAUGAACCGGCCAUACUUUCGUGUGGCCUCCAAGCUCUGCACCGCCUACCAAGUGCUGCGCUUUCCGAUGCAGUGGAACUCGCCCUUCGAACGCAACCUCUAUAAAUUCAGCACCCACUCGCGUCAGUUUGGCUUUUGGAACCACUGGAUUAGUAGGAGCAACCAGGAGGCGAUCCGGAUUGGUCUGGUGGUGCAGCUGACGGAUGACUAUAAACCGUUUAUCAGCCUAACCCUCAAGGACUUUGAGUCGCUGACCAAGUUGUAUAUUUUGCUUUUACUAGGCAGCUUCAUAUGUCUGCUGGUGGAAUUGUUUUGGAAUUAUUAUAGAAAUAAUAGAGCUUGA